AUGGAGGCGAUCGAUGAGUUGUCUCAGCUCUCAGAUUCGAUGAAACAGGCGGCGUCUCUGCUCGCCGAUGAAGAUCCCGACGAGACACCUUCUUCUAGACGCCCAUCCACUUUCCUGAACGUCGUUGCGCUAGGAAAUGUGGGAGCUGGGAAGUCUGCAGUGCUUAACAGUCUAAUUGGCCAUCCAGUCCUGCCGACGGGUGAGAAUGGUGCUACACGGGCUCCUAUAAUAAUUGACUUGAGCAGGGAGGCUUCUUUGAGCAGCAAGGCAAUUAUCUUGCAAAUCGACAACAAAACUCAACAAGUUUCAGCAAGUGCUCUGAGACAUUCUCUUCAAGAUAGACUUAGCAAAGGAGCCUCAGGGAAGAAUCGAGAUGAAAUAAACUUAAAACUUCGUACUAGCACAGCUCCCCCGCUGAAAUUAGUUGAUAUGCCUGGACUGGACCAGAGGAUUGUGGACGAUUCAAUGAUUGCUGAAUAUGCGCAACAUAAUGAUGCCAUACUGCUGGUUAUAGUGCCUGCUAGCCAGGCAUCUGAAAUUUCAUCAUCCCGAGCCCUGAAGAUUGCAAAAGAGUAUGAUCCAGAAAGCACUAGGACAGUAGGAAUUAUCGGCAAGAUUGACCAGGCAGCAGAGAAUCCGAAAGCCCUUGCAGCUGUUCAGGCUCUUCUUUCAAAUCAGGGACCUCCAAAAACAACUGAUAUUCCUUGGGUUGCUCUCAUUGGCCAAUCCGUUUCAAUUGCGUCAGCACAGUCUGGAAGUGGUGAGAACUCCUUAGAAACUGCUUGGCGCGCUGAGAGUGAAAGUCUCAAGUCCAUUUUGACUGGGGCUCCACAAAGCAAGCUUGGCAGAAUUGCCUUAGUGGACACCCUUGCUAGUCAGAUCCGUAGCAGAAUGAAACUCAGGCUUCCAAAUAUAUUGUCUGGGCUCCAGGGCAAGUCUCAAACAGUGCAGGAUGAGCUAGCAAGGCUUGGUGAACAACUAGUUAACAGUGCUGAAGGUACAAGGGCUAUAGCUUUGGAGCUUUGCCGUGAGUUUGAGGACAAAUUUCUUCUCCACUUGGCUGGUGGUGAAGGAAGUGGUUGGAAAGUUGUUGCAAGUUUUGAAGGAAAUUUCCCUAACCGUAUCAAGCAGCUUCCAUUGGACAGACAUUUUGACUUGAACAAUGUUAAAAGGGUGGUUUUGGAGGCAGAUGGUUAUCAACCUUAUCUUAUAUCUCCCGAGAAAGGGUUGAGAUCGUUGAUAAAGAUUGUCCUUGAGUUGGCCAAAGAUCCGGCACGUCUUUGUGUUGAUGAGGUUCACCGAGUUCUUGUUGACAUAGUUUCAGCCUCUGCGAAUGCUACUCCUGGACUCGGGAGAUAUCCUCCUUUUAAACGAGAAGUCGUAGCUAUAGCAAGUGCGGCACUUGAUGGUUUCAAGAAUGAAGCCAAGAAAAUGGUUGUUGCUCUAGUUGAUAUGGAACGUGCUUUUGUACCACCUCAACAUUUUAUCCGUCUUGUGCAAAGGAGGAUGGAAAGGCAACGUCGCGAGGAAGAGCUGAAAGGACGAUCUUCUAAGAAGGGACAGGACGCAGAGCAGUCCCUUUUAAGCAGGGCUACUAGUCCUCAGCCAGAUGGGGCUCUAGCUGGUGGUAGCAUGAAAUCAAUGAAAGACAAACCCAGUCCGCAAGACAAGGAGACACCGGAGGUCUCUGGUCUGAAAACUGCUGGACCUGAGGGGGAGAUAACAGCAGGGUACUUAAUGAAGAAAAGUGGAAAAACAAAUGGAUGGAGUAGGCGAUGGUUUGUUCUGAACGAGAAAACUGGAAAGCUUGGCUAUACGAAGAAGCAAGAAGAAAGAAAUUUCCGGGGGACUAUAACUUUGGAGGAAUGCACUAUUGAAGAAAUUCCAGAGGACGAACUAGAAAAGUCAAAGAGCUCGAAGGACAAGAAGGCAAACGGACCUGAUGCAAAAGGACCAGGCCUUGUAUUUAAAAUAACCUGCAAGGUUCCCUAUAAGACUGUACUAAAAGCUCACAAUGCCAUCGUGCUUAAGGCUGAGAGUGUAGUCGAUAAGAACGAGUGGAUUAAUAAGUUGCAAAAGGUUAUCCAGGCUCGAGGAGGCCAAGUGGGCAGCGUUUCCAUGAGACAGAGUCUUUCAGAAGGUUCACUUGAUAAGAUGGUUAGAAAACCAAUUGACCCAGAAGAGGAACUCCGUUGGAUGUCCCAAGAAGUACGCGGUUACGUUGAAGCUGUUCUUAACAGCCUUGCAGCCAAUGUUCCGAAGGCUGUGGUUCUUUGUCAAGUGGAGAAAUCGAAAGAAGACAUGCUGAAUCAACUAUACAGUUCUAUCAGUGCAAUAGGCAAUGAGAGGAUUGAGUCAUUGAUCCAAGAGGAUCAAAACGUCAAAAGGCGAAGAGAGCGUUACCAGAAACAAUCCUCUCUUCUUUCCAAGCUCACGAGGCAGCUUAGCGUUCACGACAACCGAGCUGCCGCUGCUUCAUCUUGGUCCGACAACGGUGGUGGCACUGAAACUAGCCCAAGAGCGAGUGGAGGUUCUUCAGGAGAUGACUGGAUGAAUGCCUUCAACGCCGCUGCUAACGGACAGUCCGAUUCAUUGUCAAAGUACGGAUCUGGUGGUCAUAGCCGCCGUUACAGCGAUCCUGCUCAGAACGGAGAUGCAGCAUCACCAGGCUCUGGUAGCAACCGCCGCACCACCCCGAAUCGGCUGCCACCAGCACCACCACCGACUGGUUCAUCUUACAGGUAUUAG